UGGAGAUGAAACCACGUUUGAGUGGAUGCUGCAACGUUACAGCAAAGAAAAUAUGGAAAUUGAGAAAAUGACUCUUCUCGAGGGACUCGGAUGUGCCAAUUCCGAAGGCAUUGUAAAGCUUUACCUCAAUAGAAUAUUUUCAAAUGACGAAAUAAUAAGGAAAAAUCAGAAAUUUCAUGCUUUCUCCCAUCUUCUCAGCUACAAUCCGGACAAUGUUAAUCGUGUGUGGGACUAUGUAAAGAGCAAUCACGAGAGAAUGAGCAAAAUACUCACCAAUGGAUACAAAGAUGUCCUAAAGUACGUCAAAUGCAUAACAAUGCGAAUGAAUACACCGCAGCAGCAUAAAGAUUUGCAGAAGUUCAUUGCAUCCAAUGGCCAUAAAUUUGGGCAGUACAGGACGGAGCUUGAGGUAGCUGAAAAGGAAUUAGGAGAACUCAUGACAUGGGAUUCAGUGCAUGUGGAUGAAAUUGCAAGAAAUAUGUGCAAAUAUGCAAAAGCUUCGGCCACCAGAAUAAUCAUUAAUCAUCAAUGGAUCAUAAAAUCAAUCGGCAAUGUCAUUCUAUUGAUUGCAAUCACGAAGAUUUUCUCUAUAAAUUCAUAAAAUACUCCAAAAAAAAAAGAAGUCAAAAACAAAACGUUUCUAU